AUGGCUAGUUCUGAACUGGCUAGUACUAUUUUUGGAGCAUCAUUGUCACCUGUUGUUAAUCUAUCAACAACAACAGGGACUGUCACUGUUAAAACCGUGUCAUUACCACCAGUGUUUAGUGGUGUAAGUUAUGACAGUGUGGCAUUACUGAGUGAUCCUGCUCCUACCAGGUUGGUCCAAACGCCAAUGGCUAGUUCUGAACUGGCUAGUACUAUUUUCGGAGCAUCAUUGUCACCUGUUGUUAAUCUAUCAACAACAACAGGGACUGUCACUGUUAAAACCGUGUCAUUACCACCAGUGUUUAGUGGUGUAAGUUAUAACAGUGUGGCAUUACUGAGUACUCCUGCUCCUACCAGGUUGGUCCAAACGCCAAUGGCUAGUUCUGAACUACCUAGUACUAUUCUCGGAGCAUCAUUGUCACCUGUUGUUAAUCUAUCAACAACAACAGGGACUGUUACUGUUAAAACCGUGUCAUUACCACCAGUGUUUAGUGGUGUAAGUUAUAACAGUGUGGCAUUACUGAGUGAUCCUGCUCCUACCAGGUUGGUCCAAACGCCAAUGGCUAGUUCUGAACUGCCUAGUACUAUUUUUGGAGCAUCAUUGUCACCUGUUGUUAAUCUAUCAACAACAACAGGGACUGUUACUGUUAAAACCGUGUCAUUACCACCAGUGUUUAGUGGUGUAAGUUAUAACAGUGUGGCAUUACUGAGUGAUCCUGCUCCUACCAGGUUGGUCCAAACGCCAAUGGCUAGUUCUGAACUGGCUAGUACUAUUUUUGGAGCAUCAUUGUCACCUGUUGUUAAUCUAUCAACAACAACAGGGACUGUCACUGUUAAAACCGUGUCAUUACCACCAGUGUUUAGUGGUGUAAGUUAUAACAGUGUGGCAUUACUGAGUACUCCUGCUCCUACCAGGUUGGUCCAAACGCCAAUGGCAGAAACCGGUAGAUCUUUAAUGUCAGCAGAAGCAAGUUCUUUAGCUACACAUAGUUAUGCUACAACUUCAACAGCACAUCCUGUGAGCACCAUUGGAUUUAUCUCUUCAUCCAUUACUGUUUCAUCUAGUGUGCUUAAAAGUGCAGAAAACGCAUCUCCAAGUAAAGUGUUGUCAUCCAAAAUCAGCCAAUCUGUUGUGAAAGAAUUAGAUGCUGAUACCAGCUUCUAUCUUUCUGCUACAGUACAUGUGAGCGGUUUUACUUUAUCAUCGCAAGCAAGUUAUGCGAAUGCCCUGUUAUCUAAGUCUUCUGGUAACGCAGGUGCAUUACAAAGUACAAAGUCACUGCUGUUGUCUUCUGGAGUGCAGGCAUCAUCUGACUUGUCAUUGGAUAAGUAUUUGAUAUCUACAGUAUUAGAGCCAGAUAUCUCAGCUUCAAGAGGUCAACUACUUUCAUUAGGUGUGCAGCCAUCAUCUCAGAGGACUGUUACGCCAUCUACAGAUGCUUUUCUGCUAUCCACCCCAUCAUCUAUGUCAGCGUCUACAUCAGUUUUAUUGCCUGAUACCACUUUGGCUGGAGACAUGCCUUUGACAUCUUCUUUAGGAUCUUUUCAGCAAUCAGUUUUACCAAAUACUGUCUUGUCUAGCAUUAGCGAUGCUGCUACAACUGUGUCAGCUUCAGAAGAUCAAGUGCUUUCAUCAGGUGUACAGGCAUCAUUUCAGAAGACUGUUUCAUCAUCUGUAAAUGUGUUUGUGUUAGUAACCAAAUCACCUACUACAUAUUUUCCAUCAGAAUCUACAUCAGUUUUGCUACCUAACACUGUUUUAGCAGGAGACAUGUCUUCAACGUCUGCAGUAGGUUUUUCUGGCCAAACAGUUUUACUAAAUAUGACUUUGGCCAGCCUUAGUGUUGGUGCAACUGUGUCUGCGUCAGGAAAUCAAUUGCUUUUAUCAGGUGUGCAGACAUUAUCUCAGAAGGCUGUUACAUCAUCAGUAAAUGUUUUUUUGCUAUCAACGAUGUCACAUGCUGCAGAUUCGUCUGUCAUAUCAGGUUCAAAAAAUAUUGUUUUGCCUAGUACUCGAGCUGGAGCAGCUUCAUCGCUUUUAUUUGUUGGUAGUUUAACAUCACGUAGUGCUACUGACGUUAUAGUAGAGACCUUGGUAUCAACAUUUGAUUCAGUCAAACAAACAGCACAAGUUGUAAUUAGUACUUCUUCUACACAUACCACAAUGUCUGCUGCAUUCCUCAAUCCUACGACUGUCCAGUCUGCAUUUACAGGGAAGAGUCAACAGCUACAAAUGCAAUCAUCAUUAGAUGCAGAAGAAAAUGUGUUUACCGCAUAUUCAUUGAACAUGAAAUCUGUGUUGCUAUCAUCAGUCUUGUAUGUCUCUUCUGAAACAACACCAAAUCCAGCUAUGGUUUCUACACAUUUGCUUUCACAAAGUACUACAGCUCUAAUCCUUCCAUCUGCCACAGAAAGUAGGCCAGUUGUGUCAACAGUGACAACAUUAUCUGAAACUGUUCUAUUUACAAAGAGCGACUUUAUAAUGAAUACGAAUUCUAUUGUAGUGUCACCAGCUGUAACACAGUCUAUUGCCUUACCCAAGCUACUAACAUUGGUUACAACAACAAAGGGAAGUUUAUUAGGGACUGUCCCAACAGUCGGAUUUGAUUCCCUGUUGUCUCAAAGUGAUGUUCAGACUUCUACUACUAUUGAAACGAUAGCAAGUGGUAUGACGGGCAAGGUAACGAUAUUGUCGUUAUUACCUGUUCACUCAUUUGCAAGCACUGCUGAGACUUUGACUUUGACUUCUAUGGUACAUGACACAAGUUUUACAUAUUUGUUCAAGUCUUUUACUUUAGUACCUCCUGAGUUGACUCAAAGUGCCAGCACAACACUAAGAGAAGCAACUACUACAGAUACUCAUGAUUCUAUUGCUCAAGGACCUUCAAGUGUUUUAGUACCAAGUGCUAUUAAAUCUAUAGAUGACCAAAGACAGACAAGUGCAGAUAUAUCUGUGCCAAGUACUGUUGGAUAUGACACAGCCACAGCAGUAGCCUCAGCCAUUCCUAUCAGUGGAGAAAUGAUGUCGGCAACAUCAGCUAUGCAGCAGUCCUCAUUUACUGCAAAGGUUCCUUCUACUUCUACCUUACUUUCAACAUCAACUUUGUCUACUUUUUCAGAUACUGUUGAUUUUGUAUUGUCUACUGAACAUCAAACUCUCUUGACAACGGUCAUCACAUCCAUCUUCAGUACACAUGACAGAAUGGUUUCGUCAAAGUUUAGUUUAUCUACACAGCAUGUUUUUGGUCUCAGUUUAUUUAUGCCAGUCACAACUAAACUACUGUUAUCAAAGGCAUCUGAAAUGUCAUCAAGUACAGCUUUGCAUAGCAGCAGCAGCAGCAUAAUUCCUCAAAACCUCCCUACGACUCUUGCCUUGCCAACACCAGUUAUAUUGUCACCUGAUUUGUUGACAUCUUCAACAGUAUUGGAUUUAGAUCGUGCUUCUGAGACAAUUUUAUCUGAUGCAAAUGUAAUCAUCUCAACACAAUCAGUUGCUGUCUCAACACCUUAUUCAAUGCUUAAAGAAAGGCGUUCAUUGAUCACAGAGCUGUUGCUAACAUCAUCAAUUCUCUCAACUGCAACAACACUAGAGCUUUCUACUAUAUCUACUGAAGGAGAUGCUACCCUUGGUAUUUUGAAAUCAGUAAAAACAACGACUCCUACACCAACAUCUCUGUCUAACGCUUUUUAUUCAAAGCAGCUUGAGGUGUUCUUGACGCCGUCACCUUCCAUCUUUUCUUCAAACUUUGUUGUUUCUGUACAGCAUUCAGAGAGUAGAUCACAGUAUGCACCUGAUAUUACAACUGUGCUUCCUAUUGCCUCUAUUACAGAUUUGUCAGCAACAAGCUCAAAAUACUCAUCAAUGCUUUUAUUGGAACCUUCAAGUGCUACUGUAGAGUCAACAGUGCUUUCUACUAGUUUAUCUGUUGGCUCAAUUCAACCAUUGCCAUCAGCCAGUGAAAGUGUAUUGUUACAUCAAUCUGUGUUUCCAUCGCCAAUUGUUUCUAUCAUUCAGUUGACAGAAGUUGUGCCUUCCGUUUCUGGUGAAGUGACAUCAGAGAUGCCGGUAGCUCUCACCAACAACACUCUACAGAGCAUCUCUUUAACACAGAGCAUCCUUAAGCCAUCUUUGUUGCAGUUGCAAUCUUCAAUUACAGCUUCGGGUUUUACAAUUGCCUUGCCUACAUAUUCACAACCAAUAGAGCACAAUUUAUCAACUAUGACUGUGUUGUCUAUGAUGUCAUCAACCGGAGAAAGCAUAAUUUUGCCCCAGUCAGUGUUUCCAACAUCUGUUGUGUCUAUCAUUCAGUCAAAAGAAGUUGAAGCGACAUCAGAGGUGGUGGCAACAUUUACCAACAACACUCUACAGAGUGUGUCUUCAACACAAAGUGUGCUUAAGCCAUCUUUGUUGCAGUUGCAAUCUCUAAGCACAGCUACUGAUUUUACAAUUGCUCUGCCAACAUAUUCACAACUAGUAGGUUAUGAUUAUGAUUCUCGACACAGUUUAUCAACUGUGGCUGUAUUUGCUAUGAUGAGUAGUGCGUCAGUUUACAGUCAAUUGUAUCAAACACAAUCAACAGCUGUUGUUGAUCUUACGAAGUACGUCACUGAAAUAGAAGGCAGUUCUUUGAGCAGCUUUUCAACAGAUUUUGAAACAAGAGACUCAAUGCUAGCUACAAAGUCUAUUGAAACUACACAAGAUUUGAUAUUGGUCAGUCAGCCAACAACACUACCUGUCAUUGUUUCAGCUUCACAUGGAGUAACUUCCCCGUCUUUGGUAAUGCCUGGUGAUAUGUCAUCUACAGCUGAGCAUUCUGGAAUUCUACAAACGGUUCCUUUUUUGUUGAAAACCCAAGUUUUUGUGUCACCUUCACCAUCUGGUUUGCUGUUGCCAGAAACUGUUUCUUUUACUCAAAGUUCAACAUCUUAUCAUAGCAUUAAUACAAAGUCAACAUUUGUUCUAGCGGCUUUACUUCGGUCAACAGCAAUGGAAGUAUUCCUCACCACUCCAAAGAUUUCAGAAACUUUAGAGAAGUCUGUGUCUUUGCAGGUACUGUUUCCUACACCAGUUCAAGUUUCAGCAGUAAUUGGAUCACUUCAAAGUGGAAUAGGUUUGGUGAACAGUACCUCUGCAAUGACAUCGUCUGUACUUGUGGGACAGAUGACCAAAGUGAUUGUUUCAACACCCUUGUACAGUCCUAACAAAACCUAUUUGUCAUCCCACAUUCGAAUACCUAUUAUCUCUUCAGUUGAAUCAAGCAGUCUUUUGGCCUCAUCCACAGACAAAUUUGGACAGUUGGCUUCAACUCAAGAGUUAUCCACUUCUUUGUCUCAGUUACAGUCAAUACAAUUUUCAGACAGUGUGAUAAUUGCUUUAGGGCCAACACCAACUCCAUCUCUUUCAGCAACUCCUACAACUCCCUCGGUACCCUUUUUUGGUUUGUAUCCUUUUGGACCCACUGAAGGAGAUGCCGAGCUUCUUUCUGGUGAUGAUGAAAUUGGCAUAUGUGUCUUUCCUGAUAGCGGAUUUAUCUUCUUUGGAGACUUAAAGAGACAAUUAUGUAUUUCUGUGAAUGGUUUGUUAUCUGUUGAUGGUGCCUUCAUCAGUUACAAUGCAAAAGCAUUCCCAUUCAUUGGAGGACAUUCUAUAAUUGCACCAUUCUGGUCAGACAUUGAUACUCGGCAUUCCAAAUUCUCUAAUCUUACCAAUGGUUCAGCCAUUUACUACCAUGUUUAUUCAAAAAAGCAUUCAAGUGAGGCAUCUAAACUAAUGCUUCAGAUGCUGACUGAUGAUAUACGAAGGUACAGCAAUGAAUUACUUGAGUAUGACAUAUUUCGUGAAUUCAAUGCAACAUGGGCUCUUGUCACAACAUGGUUCCAGGUUGCACCGUAUGAUGGUUUUAUAUAUCAAGAUAUUGAGGUAGCUACAUUUCAGGCCGUAACUGUGACGAACGGUGUUCUCUCUGCUCUGCUUUUUGUUUACCCACAAAAUGCUAUACAGUGGUCAUCUCACAGUCAGUUUUCUGCAGUGAUUGGAUACAAUGCGGGAGAUUAUGAGAACUUCUACAAUCAUCCUGAUUCUGAAACAGUUGAGAUAUUUGAUAUAGGUCAGAAGAUUGGAAAUACAGGUGAACGAGGAAAAUGGUUUUUUCGUGUUGAUGGAACUUCUAAUCAAUUCAGCUCAUCUCAGGAGUGUCUUAACUGGUAUCUUCAUGAACCUGAUCCUCCAGCAUAUUUGUAUCCGUGUCCAUGUACAUACGAACAAGCUCUGAUUGAUGCAACAUUUCAGGUGCAGUUUGGCUCCUACUGUGGUUCUCGUCGUUUUUCACUGGCAGAUGGCUCUGGCCAACGAUCUAUCUGUUGA